UUGUGUUCUGCGGCAAAAUCCGAUGGCCUUCUUCGCCGGAACGGCGCCGGAGAGUCAGCUUGUAUUGUUGGAGCGCGAAAUGGUGUCGCCGGUUCGAGAGUCGUCGGUCAACUAGCUGAAGGCGAUGUCGCCGUCGGGUCAACGGUGUGGGUUGAAAAGUUCAUGUUCUCUUGCGGUUCGACUUUUCUGCUCAGCGGCCUAGCGACGAGGACUGUGGGGAUGAUGUUAAGUGAAACCAAGCUGCUAGGGUUGCAGCUGGUUGUAAGGGAGAAGAAGAAUGCGAGCAAUGAUUGUUUGGAAACCUGCAAAUUGCCAAGCCUCUGA